GUUACACCCGGGGGAAGGUGUUCCCGAGGCCGCUCCCGUCCUCACCCCGCCUCCCGCUCCUCCGGCGCUAGCCUCCGCCGGCGGAGCCCACUAUGCCAAGACACUUUCGACACUUUGCAAAGACAAAGAGCCCUAGACCGGAGGGAGCAGAGAGGAGGAGGCAGAAGAGGAGGUAGAGGAGGACCGGGAGGUGUGAGCUGCCUGGGGGUGACCUGCGCAGGGCACGGCCCGCCCCUUUCAUAAGUGCACGAGGGUGGGAAACGGUGAAGUGGCUAAGUCAACUUGGUUGGAGCACUGUUUGCUCGGAACCGGACCCUUGCGCAAGCAACUUUUCAGCCCGGGUUGUUUUUCAACGCUUGAGUGUUUGAGCGUGACCUUGCGGGAGGCAGCUAAGCCGAACUCCAGUUGGGGACUGAGUCGGCCGGUACCCGCUUCGUGGUACAGACUUGCCUUUGCUGAACUAGAAAUGCCAUCGAGAAGCAACUGGCACUUUUGGGGACUGUGCUGAACAAGGCUCAGAGCUGUGGGGCUGAGCAGUUGCAUUUGUGGGCCAAGAGUUGACAGUGGCUCAGCUUCCUGAGAUGAAAAAACUGAGACUCAGAGAGGUUAAGGAACUCCACUGAUGCGACACAGCAGAAGAGGGAGACCACACCGUUUACUAAGAGGAAUACAAUACAGCCAAGACCGCAUCGCACAGACUGCCCUCAGUGUGCCACACACAGAUGUCCAGAGCACAGAUGUAAGUGUAUCUCUCGACAGACUGAAGAUUGCCCUGGCUGCCACUGAGGCCUCCCUGCAGAAUCCCUUUCCUGCCUCCUGGUACUGCAUCUCUGGGAUUUCUCUCGUGUUUCUAUUCAGCCCUAGCCAGGCUCUCCUCUCUUCCACCCUCCCAUCAACACAGAGGUCCCAGCACAAGAUAGAGAUGAUGAACAUGAGGAAGAGGACCCUCAAGUGGAUCACCUUCUUUCUGCUCUUCAUCUUCCUCACUUCCUUUGUCCUGAACUACUCAAGCACGGGAGUGCCCGCUGCCUGGUUCUCCAAGCAGAUGGUCCAGGAACUCUCACAGAACUUCCGAAAGUUCAUCAAGUCACAACCGUGUACCUGCGCACACUGCAUCAGCCAGGGCAAGGUCUCGUACUGGUUUGAUCAGCGCUUCAACAAGACCAUGCAGCCACUGCUGACAGCCCAAAAUGCUCUGAUGGAGGAGGACACAUACCAGUGGUGGCUGAGGCUCCAGCGGGAGAGGAAGCCCAGCAACCUGAGUGACACCAUCAAGGAACUGUUCCGUGUGGUACCCGGGAAUGUGGACCCCAUGCUGGACAAGAGGUCGGUUGGUUGCCGACGCUGUGCAGUCGUGGGCAACUCUGGUAACCUGAAGGACUCUUCGUAUGGACCUGAGAUUGACAGUCAUGACUUUGUUCUGAGGAUGAACAGGGCACCCACGGUGGGCUUUGAGGCAGAUGUUGGGAGGAGGACCACCCAUCACCUUGUGUAUCCUGAAAGUUUCCGGGAGCUGGGAGAGAAUGUCAGCAUGGUCCUGGUCCCCUUCAAGACCACCGACCUCCAGUGGGUGGUCAGUGCCACCACUACGGGAACCAUCACUCACACUUAUGUACCCGUGCCUCCGAAGAUCAAAGUGAAACAGGAGAAGAUCCUGAUCUACCACCCAGCCUUCAUCAAGUACGUCUUUGACAGCUGGCUUCAGGGCCACGGGCGGUACCCAUCAACUGGCAUCCUCUCAGUCAUCUUCUCCAUUCAUGUCUGUGAUGAGGUGGACUUGUAUGGCUUUGGGGCAGACAGCAAAGGAAAUUGGCACCAUUACUGGGAAAACAACCCAUCAGCGGGUGCAUUCCGAAAGACAGGGGUUCACGACGGCGACUUCGAGUACAAUGUCACAGCUACCCUGGCAGCCAUCAACAAAAUCCGCAUCUUCAAGGGGAGAUGAUGCUGCGACCAAUUAAGGAUGGACACAACACAACACACCUCUCAACUUGCAGCCCCAGCAUCUCACUGGAGCCAGUCUGUUCCAGAAGCUUCCAGGGCUGAACUUAGGGUGUUCCCAGGCUUUCUGGAAGCCUCCUGCACCCUCAUUUUGGUUGCAUCUAUUUAGCAAAGUUGUCUAACUUUCCCAGGGUAUGGAGCAAGUCUCAGGCCCAUCUAAGAUGGGAGCACUUCUCCACUGCUAUCCCCUAGCAGGGGGAAAGUGAGCAGAUAUUAAUGACAAUCUAACCUCCAAACAAUGACAGUUAUUUUGUCUUGUGGGUUAGAGGGUGGGGAUGGGGAAAAUAAAUCCUGAAGAUCCCUGUGUUCAAAGGUAGACAUUUCCAGGAAGUCAUAAAGAGGUUGCCACUGAACUAUGGGCCUUGUGCUCAACUCAGACUUAAGCUGGAAUGUUUAGGGCAGUCAUUUCCAGAGCAGAGCCACAAUGGGCUACACCAGCACUGGGGCAAGAUACUGUUCUCUUUUGCAUGAAGCCUGGUCUGUCACUUGAUAUGACAUCCCCUUUCUUCAAAAAGCUGGGUAAAGCUUCUGACUCCAGAGGUCUUCUGUAGAAACCUGGUCAUGUGUUGCUGACAGGAGUGCAGCCCUCGUGACCAUUAUGUGUGAUCCCCCUCCACAGUGAUAUUGAUGGACAGAACAGGUCUGAGUACUUCCACGUGCCUUUGAACUUGAGAAAGAAAUGCAUGCGUUGGCUGACAUGAAGCAAAAUCCCCAAAUGGAGAAAGGGGACCUCCACCAGCACCACACUUUGCUGCAUAGCUCAGAAUCUCUUUUCCGAUGAUACAUCAUACCACUCAGAGUAUACCAGGCAUGGGAUGUGUGCUCACUUCUAGUUCCUCAGACUGGUGGCUUCAGGACUGCUAACAACCAGCAUCCUCCCCUGGGUCCUGAGCCAAGUCUCUAGCAGACACCAUCCUGGAGUCCUUUGGGAUUACAGUGGGGACAUUCUAGGACUACAACUGAAAACUGAAAUGCAUGUACCUCCUCUCAGUCCUGCUUGCUCUCCUCACCUCCCUCGACAGAAACCCUAAUUAUUUAUUGCUUUGUUAAGUCAGCUGACCCUGUGCACACUCUUCCCCAUUGCUGCUCACAGAACUUUUGUUGCUUUGCCUGGCUUGUGGGAGCAGGAACGGAAAGGAAAGGCUCUAUGCAUCCUGGAUGUGUGUGUUGAGACAGCUGCACUGGGGGCUUGCUGGUAGGCAGAUCCUAUGGCACUGACAAUCCUUUGUAGAAUUCAUGUCACCGCCUUUCUAGUACAACUGCCUUGUUUUCUUCCUCAUUGCAGAAGGGAAGCACACAGGCUGGGACCUCUCAUCCCACUGCUGACUCUUUGGUGAGGGAAUUGAAACAAGGGAAAACAGGCACAUGGCAGUAACUGUCACCCCUUUACAGAUGUUCGAUAAGAAAAACCUCUGUUUCUGUUGAAAGUGUUCCUUAAAGACCACUGCACCUUCAUCAAGGCUGAAUAUGGGAGAGGUAUCUUGAGGGUUGGGAGAGCUCCCCCUGCUCAGGUUCCCCUCUGCAAGAAAGAGCUCAGGGGCCACACUCAGCUUUGGGCCAUUCACAAGCAUCACCAAAGAACAGAUAACAAAAUUGCCUUUUUCCAGGAGUCUCUCCUGUGAGUGGCUUUGGUGUAGCUUUUGUUCAAUUCUCAGGCUCAAAAUUCAGGCUUUUAAUGAGGGAACAGCAUUUUUCACUUUUAAAAUCGCUUUGACAUAAUAUUCUUGGCUGAAAAAUCUGGACUCCUGUGAGGUCCUUGCUCUGGAGAAGCAUUCUCAAAGGUCCGAGUGUGAGGAACUUAGCAGAUGUUUGUGAGUCAGAAGGCCAAUCCCUAGGACAAGUCAAAAUUAGUGGACAUCGGCAUAGGGGUAGCAGUUCAGGUGUAGCUGGGUUUUGCUGCAUGAGAACAAGUGCCUGCAGUGAGAGCGUAGCCAUUUCUAGCUGAGUGCUGCUCAGGAAGCUCCUCUGGUCUUCCCUCCCUCUCUGCCUUCCUCUGCCCCUCCCUCUGUCCCUCCUCCAGCCAAGGAGCCAGCAUUUCUCCUUCCAUAACCCCCAUCCUUCCUGUAUUUCACUGGCUGAGCAGGGGCUUCUUAACUGAAUAAAACAAAGUCAGUUUUGGCCAGAAUUAAGUGCAUCAAUUAGUUUAAGGUGAUUGAAGCUUUCUUCAAGAAUGGGUGGCUGAGAAUAAGAAGGGUCUUUCCCAAAGACACUAGUAUGACUGCCGACAAAAGAGUUGGCCUGAGCUUCAGGGAGAGAGCAAAGGGCUGGCUUUCAGGGCACCAGAAGCUGCUAAGUCCAAGAGAAUGAGGGGCUGUCUCAAGAGAACCCCAGAAUACUAAACUGCAGGUGAUGUUUCUUGUAUUGGUGGCAGGCUUCCCGGGCCCUCAGGCACUGUUAGGGAAGAGGGAGAAGCAGAUCUGUAGCCUUUAGUUCCUGCAAGAGGCAAGCUGGAGAGAAAAAUCUGAAGUCUGGUGCCUUUAGGUUGGCUUUUAGGCAGCCAAUAAACCACAUGGGCAGAGCUAGUGGAACAGACUCAAGAAAGUGAUAGACUAGGGAGGCCAGCAACUAGCUAGGGCUGUGAAGGUCUGGAGAUUGCUUUAGGGGAAAAGACCAUAGAGCACAGGUCAUGCCGCAGUGUUCAUCAUGGCCACAUGGGGUCGCUAGCGGCUCGUUGCACCUCCUGGGAAUGAGGCCUCAGUGGCUGUUGAGAACCCAGAGGUUGGUUUUAAGGGUGCCCUUCAAAGUAACUCCUGACAUGCAGGGUAGGGGAGGCCCUGGGUGCUUCACCAGAGGAUACAGUGACGGCUGUAUACACUCAGGAGAUGACAGCUAGAGCCACGGGUUCCACCAGAGAUAGCCAGGUGGCUAUGAGGUGAGAAAGACUGGCCCUGUGCUACGUAGCCACCAUGGCCUGGCUAGCCAGUUUUGAGAUGGCAUCAGCCUCUCCCUUGUUUGUCACCCUCUCCUGUGCCCCAGGUGCUACCUAAUACCUGUAAGAAACACAGAGGGUGAAGAAAGAAAGCAGAGACCAGCAGAGCAGCGCCCCAUGCCUUCAGCCUCAGAAUAUAGUGACUGCAUUAUUACCCAAACAGUAUGUAGGCAGGCCCAUCCUGGAGCUUGCUUCCGCCUGCUGGUUUCCUUCCAUUUAGGGAAGGACCCCAUCUUUACCUCCCUGACCUCUCUGCUCACUUAGCUUUUACCUUGGUUCCUCCUGCCCAGGGUCAGCCAAUGGCACCUGCUUUAACUCCUAACCUGAAUCUUGUUCACCAGGUGAGCACGGAUGGACAUGGGUCUUGCCUGCACCCCCAUACCGUGCAUAAUUACCUAACCCUUUCCUCAGAGCCUGGUAGAGGAUCCCUCCUGGACCUCCAGACCCCUGCACAAUCACUUUAGCCCUUUCCGAGGUCCCCUUCAGAGCCAAAGUUCUCCAAGCACUUUUCCCCCAAAAGCUUCUCCUUCCCUGUCUCCUGUGCCCCCAGUGUUGCCCACUUAAACUUUGCUUUCUUCUGCCCACAUGUCAUUAUCUUCCUGAUCGGUCUGAAUGUGUUCCCAAUGAUGUUAGUGAGUCUGCCUUUCUCAGCCCCUGCUCUGUUUUAUUUAUUGUUGAAUAUUUUCAAUGAUCCGAAUCAAAGUGAAUAAAAAGAGCUAUUUUAUUGUU